AUGCACUUCCAAUCUCGCGUAUCCACAACCACCGUUCACGAACUUCUCUUCACCGACGACUGCGCCCUGAACACUACCUCGGAAGAGGAGAUGCAACGGAGCAUGGACCUAUUCUCCGCCGCCUGCGAGAACUUUGGGCUGGUCAUUAAUACACAGAAGACGGUGGUGAUGCAUCAACCGCCACCCAACACCGCCACUCCCCCCAACGCGCCGCAAAUCAGCGUGAAUGGGAUCUAA